AUGACUGGAAUACCUCAGAAAUAUGAGUAUAAGACAAUAAAUGAAUUGUAUAAUUUAAUUCAACCAAGUGGUGCUAAAUGGUGUCUAUAUGGUGUAAUCAAAUUUCGUCGUGAAAUCAAUGUUAAUUGUAUGUUAUUAGGUAUAUGUGAUCCGACAUCAUAUGGCAAAGGUCCAAAAGGUGCCAGUUGUCUUCUGUAUCGCGAAUCGUAUGCUGGUAUGAUUGAACUUCCUGUUCAGAUUGAAGUUGGACAAUUAAUUCGACUACAUCGAAUGAAAAUAACAACUUAUAAACCUGAAAGUGGUUGUAUACAAUUAAAAUCUUCUAAUUAUUAUAGCUGGCUUAUAUUUGAUGGUAAAGAUGAUACAAGUUAUGAACCGAUUGCACAAAGCAGUUUUUCAUAUUCAUUUAGUGAUGAUGAUCGUCAUAGAAUUGAUGAAUUACGUGCAUGGUUAUUGUCAUUUGGAGAUGAUGAAACCUUACAUAAUGAACUUGAUUUUCAAUUUGUUUUACCAGAACCAAAAUCGUUUAAUGAUCAAUCAACUCAAACGAAUGAAAAUGAGAUGAAUGACAACAGUGAAACGACUGUUGGUACUAUCAGAGAUCCUGGUGGAUCAUCAGAAUUCUUUUCAGCUUCAGAUGGAGAUGAACAAUCAAGGAAAUGA